AUGACGAUAUCUGUAUCUGUUUCUCUACCCGAAUCACGAAUGCACGCUGUCCCCGUUCCCUUGAUUGCCGCAAAGGCCAUGGCCACGAUCAACGUCAACGGCCACGCCAACCAGCCCGGCCUGGCCCACGGCUCGCUGUACGAGGCAUGCGUCGCCAUGAGGGAAAAAGUCGAUUCUUUUCUGGCUGAGGAGUUGGAGACGCCGUUGUUGCGGAGGGCGCAGGAGCAGGUGCGCAUCUCGGUGCGGGUGGUGGACGAGGCGCUGGAGCGGUAUCGACCGGACGAGAUUUCCAUAUCAUACAAUGGCGGUAAAGAUUGUCUCGUCAUGCUCAUCGUCCUCCUCGCCUGCUACGCGCGACGAUACUCGCCCCCCAAGUCCGCCCUCGGCGGCGCAAACGCUCCCAACGGGCCGGCCAACCUGCCGCCUUUCCCCGAGAAGCUGCACGCCGUCUACAUUGUUUCCGCGGACCCCUUUGCAGAAGUGGACGACUUUGUCGAGUCGAGCAGCGCAGACUAUCACCUGGACAUUGCCCGCUUUACGCUGCCGAUGAAGAAGGGCCUGGAGGUGUUCAAGGCGGAGAACCCCAGCAUUCGGGCCAUUUUCGUGGGGACUCGGCGGACGGAUCCGCAUGGCGAGAAGCUGAAGCAUUUCGACCCGACGGAUGCGGGAUGGCCUGAUUUUAUGCGGAUACAUCCUGUGAUUGAUUGGCAUUAUACUGAGAUUUGGGCGUUUACUCGGCAUUUGGAUAUCCCAUACUGCUCCCUAUACGAUCAGGGAUAUACGAGCCUGGGCGGAAGAGGAGAUACGCUACCGAAUCCUAAACUGAAGAAACAGGGCAACGACAAAGAAUUCCGACCGGCAUACGAAUUAGUAGAAGACGACGAAGAACGACUUGGCCGAUUCAAGUAA